GGCGGCCAAUGGCAGCCAGCGGCAGGCGAUACAAACUGACAGCCGCCAUGUUGUGUCUCCGGGGGCCUGGAGGGACGUCCGGUAGUAGACGGUAGAUGUGACCGCCUGCUCGGCAGCUCAUAGGGAAGGGACCGCAGCUUGAAGCCAUGAGCCGUCCGUCCUCAGCCGGAGCCGGAGCCGGAGGUGGAGGACUCGGGGCCGGGAAAGCAGGCGGAGGAAAGCACGGGGGCUCGGGAGGUGCAGCUGCCGCCGCCGCUGCCGCCGCAGCAGCCGCAGCAGCAGCGGCGGCUGCCGCCGGUGUGAGCUCCGUGGCCGGGUCUGGGUCGGCUGCCCCUUCCUCCGCCGUGUCCCUGCCCACGGCCGGCCUGCCCGGGCAGUCCACGGAGCUCACGGCGCUGUUCGAGUGCCCGGUUUGCUUCGACUACGUCCUGCCGCCCAUCCUCCAGUGUCAGGCGGGUCACCUGGUCUGUAACCAGUGCCGUCAGAAGCUGAGCUGCUGUCCGACCUGCCGAGGCCCGCUCACCCCGAGCAUCCGGAACCUGGCCAUGGAGAAGGUGGCCUCCACGCUGCCGUUCCCCUGCAAGUACUCGUCGGCCGGAUGUCAGCUGACCCUCCACCACAGCGAGAAGCCCGACCAUGAGGAGGUGUGCGAGUUCAGGCCGUACACCUGUCCGUGUCCCGGGGCCACCUGCAAGUGGCACGGCUCUCUGGAGGCCGUCAUGCCGCACCUGAUGCACGCGCACAAGUCCAUCACCACGCUGCAGGGGGAGGACAUCGUCUUCCUGGCGACGGACAUCAACCUGCCCGGCGCCGUGGACUGGGUGAUGAUGCAGUCGUGCUUCAGCCACCACUUCAUGCUGGUCCUGGAGAAGCAGGAGAAGUACGAGGGUCACCAGCAGUUCUUCGCCGUCGUGCUGCUCAUCGGCACCCGCAAGCAGGCCGAGAACUUCGCCUACCGCCUGGAGCUCAACGGCAACCGCCGCCGGCUCACCUGGGAGGCCACGCCGCGCUCCAUCCACGACGGGGUGGCGGCCGCCAUCAUGAACAGCGACUGCCUGGUGUUCGACACCUCCAUCGCUCAUCUGUUCGCUGACAACGGCAACCUGGGGAUCAACGUCACCAUCUCCAUGUGCUGAGGGGGCGGAGCAACAGUUGUGAUAAACAGACUGACGUCAUGACGCAGGGUCAGUUUGACCGUUCAGGAGGUGUGGCGUUCACUUUCUGUCUCGCUCUGUGCUCACAGGAAGUCGUAAACGUCCUGCAGCGAUGGUGACUUGUUUGUAAAACAUUUGCAGCAGGUUUAGCAGCAGAUCGCCGGCUCCGCCCUGUUUGACGUGUGAUGAAUGACCGAACAGGAAGUGUCGAGCAUCAGGUGUCCUUCUUGAACUGAUGAAGACGAGGUCAGACCUGCUGCUGCGACCGCCGCCCGUCCAGACCGGGACCCGGGGCCCCGGGCCAGAGUCCACUCCCCCGAGCAGAGAGGAUUCUGGUCUCACUGGAGGAAACAAACAAAACCUUCACCACAGCAGCCACACAACUUCCUGUCAGGUUCAUCUGACUUCCUGUCGGGUUCAUCCGACUUCCUGUCGACGUGUUCACAGUAUUCUGCUCUUUGCUGCUGUCAUUGGCUGACAGGUGUUUUCAGUCAGUCUUUGUCUUUUUACAAAGAUAUUAAAACAUGAAGACACGUUUGAUUGACAGGUUCCUCAGCCUGUAACAGGGGUCACUGUAGGUCAUUUGCUUUGAUGACAUGUAUAAUUCCCAUCUCACAUUAAUGUUUAUUGGGACGAUAAAAUAAAACAAACUGCUGAUGAAUGUUAAAAUCAUCAGACAGUAAAUUAAAUACCUGACAUUCACCACUUCACACAACUGAUACAGAUGUUGAACAGCUGACUGGGUUACAGUCUUAUGAGAUAUAUUAGGACCUCAGCUAAUGAUUAUUGUUAUUAUUGAUUAAUCAGCUGCAUAUUUUCUCGAUUAGUUUAUAAAAUGUGUUUCGUAGAUUCAGUUCACAAAGAGAUGAAACAGAAAAGCAGAAAAUGGCAAAAUCGUAAUGAACUGAUGAUCAGAAAGUUGCAGAUCAUUUUUCUGAUGAUUGAUUAAUUGACUCGUUAUUGCAGGUGUGAUGAUGAUCAUGUAUCAGAGAAACAGAGCAGCCGCUGGCACCAGGUCUUCUUCUUCAUGUUGACAAUCAUGGUCAAUCAGAUCAAUAAACUUUAAUCUUUACUCACAUCCAGCUGAACCCAGAGUCUGGAAAAGUGAACGACACAUCAGUCACUCAAGUUUCACACAUUAUUGAUCAGAGCUGCAACGAUUAGUCGACAAAUGGAUGAAUUGAUCGACAGGAAAUUAAUCGUUUCGCUCAUUUUUCAAGAAAAAAUGUUUAAAAAUUCUGUUUUCAGAUUUUAAAUGUGAUAAUUUUCUGCUUUUCUUUCUUUUCUGACAUUGAAUUAAAAAUCUCUGAAUGUCGUCAUUUCCUUAUUUUUUAACUUGAUACAGACGAAAUGAUGAAUCGACUCUAUAUGAAAUAAUCAGAUUAACCGUAGCACGUUCCCACCGAUGCAGUUAACAGUGUUGACCAACGUACACUGUCACCUGUCAAUCAAUAAUCAAUAAUAACCAGCAGACAAAGAGAGAGGCUGUCGAAGCAGAAUAAUGUGAACACGUUCACUCUGUGCUUUAAUGACCGGAGCUGUGGCCUGUGUCUCAGGUCGCUGGUUCAAAUCCCGCGGGCGGCCACGGUGGCGUUCUGACCGCGGACUCGUCCCUCACGGUUUGGAGGUUUGGCGUUGGACCUCUGUGGGAUCCGGUCAAUCCUCAGACCUUCUUUUAAUCUCAGAUAAAAGCAGUGAAAUGGAGGAAUAAUCCUCCGCCCCUCCUGCAGUCUGCCGAGCCGCCAGCGCCUUACUUUUCUACCGCCGUCCUCCUCAUGAUCCAGCUCUUUCUGAGGGAGUCUUGGUGCUGAUGAGCUUCGGUUGAACAUUGUUUUUAGUUUUCUUACUGAAAACCUGCAGGGAAACGACGAGACUCUGACGGAAGGGAAAUGUGUAAAAACAGUUUGCUGCUUGUUCAAAGCCACAGAGACACGGUGGACGGACGGAUUAUUGUAGGUAAAGAAACAUGAUCGUCUCUGAACCUUCGUAGCAACUGGAAAGAAGUUGGCGUCAGCAGAUACCUCUGAUCACGACUCACGUGACUGAACCGCAGAUUCCUCAGACCUCAGCGCCGUUUCCUCUGUGUUCGCUCAGAGACGAAAAACCAGUCGUUCAUUCACACUGCUCCAUGUAGGUGUGACUCGUCCUGAAUCAUAUCUGCAGCAUCAGCAACAAUUCCUCCAUUUAACCUAAAACAGCUGCAGAGCCUCCGUCAGUGGCAGAACGUUAACGCUCCUCCAGUGUAAAGGUCUGUGUCCAUGUGUAGUGUGAUUAUAGAUUAUAGAUCAGCUCUAGCUUCUAUAUUAAUACUGUGAAAGUAUCAAAGCCUCAGUCCACAGAGAAAUGCACACAGCCUGUAUUCAGAAACUGAGCCUUAAAACCAGCCGUCAGGACUUCUGGAACUUUGUGAUGUCACAACAAAGCAGUCACCAAGCCCCGCCCACCUGGACCCACUCACAAGUGUUGAUCCAUAAGAAGAUAUAUUUGUGGUUUUAAGAACCAAAAACCAUCUCAGUGUAGUUUUACAUCUCCUCUCUCAGGCUUCUCUCUGCAGCUCUAGUAACAACAGGUCGGUGAGCCAAUCAGAAGAGAGGAGGCUCUGAGCCUCUCUUCUGAUUGGCUGACCUUUUUCUGAGUGACCCAAUAAAAAUAUAGCAGAUUUUAGGUAAAAACACUCAGAAAACAAAUCCUGCAAGGUUUGGAUGGUGGGUCCAGGUGGGCGGGGCUUGGUGACUGCUUUGUUGUGACAUCACAAAGUUCCAGAAGUCGUGACGGCUGGUUUUAAGGCUCAUGGACAGAGACCUUUAGACUGGAAGGAGCUUUAAAACAUAAAUACAUCUUACAGAUAUCAACACUUUAUUAUCAAGUAUCUCAGUUAAGAAGCAACACAACUUUAUUAAAAAUGUAAUAUUUGAUUAAUAUAAACACUUUAAGUCUGAAUCUUCAACAUUUACAAUCAGUAUAUAAAUAUUUAGUAAAUGGUUUAUUGCAGCAGAUAUAAAACAUUUUAACAAUUUAUUAAUAUUAUAUGAAUAAAUAUCCCAGCUGUUUUAUUAUAUUGUAUUUAAUUAGCAGCCUCCACUUUAAUAAAAACCCAGAUCUGGUUAUAACCACAUAUUGUUAUAAACAUUUAUUAAAUGUGUACAUACUAAUUAUAACCGUUAAACUGUGUCAGCAGAUCUUUAAUGUUAAUGUAAACUGUGAGAUGUUAGUGACCAGACAAUCAUUAAUAUUCUGUUGCUUUUCAAACCUUAAUGUUACAUUUAUUAUUUAAUAUUAAUUCAGACUUCAGGCUUCAUGGUCCUAAAGCCCUCGGGUUCAUUCAUCCCGUCGUGUUGAAGCUCAGCUCAGAAACACAGAGGAAACGCCGCUCUCUCUCUCUUUACCUGAUGAUCACUUCCACUUCACAGCCGCCACUUUCUACCAAAUGUUUUUAUUGUAAAUGAAGCUCUCGCGGCAGCAGUAUAUUUUCUCAGACAGGAGACAGCUGGAUUUAUUCUGUGACAUGUAUUUGUGUUAGCGUUUGCAGCUGUACAGAGAUUUUCAAGGUAAUUUUCUAAACUGACUGUUGUUAAUUCGUUGUUGUUGUUCUGCUGCUUCAGUCUGAGUCCAACAAACAACCCACAUCUGAAAACCAGGGACUGACAUCACAAACUACUGUAGCCUACGACUCCCAGGGUGCAUUUCACUAACAAACAUCCGAUUACAGAGCUUCACAUUCUGCUACAUGAGCCGAUGAUGACGAGCUGAAGGUAAAAAUGACACUUUGUAGAAACCUGAUGAAGAUCCGGCAGUUUGGGAUUCAUUUAUUAAUUAAUAUCACCAUAGCAACAGCAGCUGAGGCUCAUGGGUAUUGAAGUAUUUAGAGCCAUCAAUCAAACUGACAGAAAAAAAAAGUAAUUACCCAGGUAAAAUCCGGCUUCACCUGUCAGGGAGGAGAAGAGGCAAAGAUACGGUGCGAGCUGACGUGGACAGGUGUAUACAGGUGUAUACAGGUGUUCCUAAGAACUUACACGUACCACAGUUAUUCAGUCAGUUGUCUGUACAUCUGUGGGUAAACUGCAAACUGCAAUGGUUAAUAGUUAAUUCGGCAUUUUUAAUUUUUAACGUCAACAAAUACAAGUUUGUAAUUUCUGAAUCAUUCUGUUUCCUUGGAUCUGUCCUGGUGUUUAUAAAUGUCAUUGUUAAAGGUCUUGUAUAUUUUGUAUUGCCAACCAGUAACCAGCACCAUUAUUAUCAUAUUCUAGAAUUAAAUUAUCAGUAAAAUAGAGAUAGACAAUUAAAUUUAAUGCAAUUCAAAUAAAUUGCAUUACAUUUAUUACAAAAUUACACAGAUCUUAAACGUCUUAGAGCUGAUUCAGAAACUACAGACGUUUAAAAUGAAGUGUUACCACAUCAUGUGUGAGAACUGGGGAGUCGGCUUUAAGAAUGAAUUUUUCCUUAUUAAUUAAGAUAAUAAUCAGCUCAGUGGAGUUCGUGUCACAUGACCAGGUUCUUUCUGUCACAGCAGCAGGAUGAUACAAAUGAAAUCUACUGAAACAAGAAACUGAAGAGCGACAGGAUCUCACGGAUGUUCUGACUCUUCUUCGUUCUCAGUGUAACGUUGUUCUGUGAUGUUUCUUUAAUAAACGGGUGCAGCUUG